GCGGGGACGGAGGAGCAGGCGGAGCGCCGAGCUGGCCUCGCGGGGCGCCCGGGGGCCCGACAUCCCGUCCCGCGUGCAUCCUGCCCCGCGCGCGGGGCCUCCCGGAGUUCGACCCACCCAUGUCGCGCCCGCUGCGGGUCCCGGGCCCCCAGCGGCGGGGCGGCGCCUGGCCUCGCGGCUCCCGGGGACUGUGAGUGGCGGGCCACGCGGGAGUGACAGCGGCGAGUCUUCGGGUCGUUAUGCGGACGGAUCUAAAAUGACCAGCACACGGAGAGCUCCGUAUGCGCCGCUCCGGAGGUCGAUCAGCGAACAGUUGCGGGACUCCACCAACAGAGCCUGGGAUCUGCUGUGGAGGAACGUCCGGGAGAGGCGGCUGGCAGAAAUUGAGGCGAAGGAGGCAUGUGAUUGGCUCCGUGCUGCUGGGUUCCCGCAGUAUGCUCAGCUGUAUGAGGAUUCACAGUUUCCCAUCAACAUUGUGGCUGUCAAAAAAGAUCAUGAUUUUCUUGAAAAGGACCUUGUAGAACCUCUUUGCAGACGACUUAAUACAUUGAACAAGUGUGCCUCAAUGAAACUUGAUGUGAACUUCCAAAGGAAAAAGGGUGACGACUCAGAUGAGGAAGAUCUUUGCAUCAGCAACAAAUGGACUUUCCAAAGAACCAGCCGCAGGUGGUCUCGUGUGGAUGACCUGCACACACUGUUCCCAGGGGGAGACAGAAACGGGUCCCCAGGAGGCCCUAGGAUGAGAAACACGGCCAGCAGUGAGAGUGUCCUCACAGACCUGAGCGAACCCGAGGUCUGCUCCAUUCACAGCGAAAGCAGCGGAGGCAGCGACAGCCGCAGCCAGUCAGGACAGCACUGUGCUGACAACACACUUCUACUGGAGGGCACCCUGGGCAGCAGCAGCCUCCCACAGUCUCCCCGAGACAUUCUUAGCUACUCCUUCCACCCCAAGAAUGAGAAACCCACCAGGGCCAGGGCCAAGUCUUUUUUAAAACGCAUGGAAACUCUACGAGCUAAAGGAGCACAUGGGAGGCAUAAGGGGCCAGGGAGGACAGGUGGCCUGGUGAUCAGUGGGCCUGUGUUGCAGCAAGAGCCAGAUUCCUUUAAGGCCAUGCAGUGCAUUCAAAUACCCAAUGGAGAUCUGCAGAACUCACCCCCAGCUGCUUGUAGGAAAGGGCCUCCUUGCUCCAGUAAGUCCAGUGGUGAGAGCAGCCCCUCAGAGAACAGCAGCAGGGUGAGCACGCCAUGCAUGAAGGAACGGAAAUGCCACCAUGAGGCCAACAAGCGCGAGGGCAUGUACUUGGAGGACCUGGAUGUGCUGGGAGGGACAGCACAACGGGAUACAAAGGAUCAAAACCGCACCCAUGGGUUUCACUCCCAAGAGAACUUGCUGGUACAUAUUCCCAAGGAUCACAAACCAGGAACGUUCCCCAAGGCACUUUCUAUUGAAAGCCUCUCACCUACAGAUAAUAGCAAUGGGGUUAACUGGAGGACUGGGAGCAUCUCCCUGGGCAGACAGCGGGGCCCCGGCAUGAGGGAGCCCAGGCUGGUGGGGUCCUGCCACAGAGCCAGCCGAGUCAGUAUCUAUGACAAUGUCCCCGACUCCCAUCUGUAUGCCAGCACAGGAGAUCUGUUGGACUUAGAGGAUGACCUCCUCCCCGAGCUGGAUGACAUCCUACAGCAUGUUAAUGGGAUCCAAGAGGUAGUGGAUGACUGGUCAAAGCAUAUCUUACCAGAACUGCAAAGUCCCGAUGCAUUGGUGGGGGAACCUGGCUUAGCCUCCUUCCCAUCUCCCAAUCAGAUCACUUUAGAUUUUGAAGGCAACUCUGUCUCGGAAGGUCGGACAACACCCAGUGAUGUGGAAAGAGAUGGGACCUCUCUGACUGAAUCGGAGGCAACUGGGGUCAGAGAAAGAAGGGAUUCUGGUGUGGGGGCCUCUCUGACCAGGCCAAACAGGCGACUGCGAUGGAACAGUUUCCAGCGCUCACACCAGCCUCAGCCAUCCCCAGCAGCCCCGCACAUCAGCAACCAGACAGCAGGCCAGCUGAACCUGCUCCAGCGCUUCUCACUGCUCCGUCUCACCGCCGUCAUGGAGAAGUACUCCUUGUCCAACAAGCACGGCUGGACCUGGUCUGUUCCAAAGUUCAUGAAGAGGAUGAAAGUUCCUGACUACAAAGAUAAGGCUGUCUUUGGAGUUCCUCUUAUAGUCCACGUCCAGAGAACCGGACAGCCCCUGCCUCAGAGCAUCCAGCAAGCACUGAGAUACCUACGUAGCAACUGUCUGGAUCAGGUGGGUCUUUUUCGCAAGUCGGGGGUGAAGUCUCGAAUCCAUGCCCUACGUCAAAUGAAUGAGAACUUUCCUGAGAAUGUGAACUAUGAAGACCAAUCUGCGUAUGAUGUGGCAGACAUGGUGAAACAGUUCUUCCGGGACCUCCCAGAGCCCCUUUUCACCAACAAGCUCAGCGAGACCUUCCUCCAUAUCUAUCAGUAUGUCCCCAAAGAACAGAGGCUCCAGGCCAUACAGGCUGCCAUACUCCUGCUGGCAGAUGAAAACAGGGAGGCCCUGCAGACACUCCUGUGCUUCCUCAAUGAUGUUGUUAACUCAGUGGAAGAGAAUCAGAUGACAGCCAUGAAUCUGGCCGUGUGUCUGGCCCCGUCCCUUUUUCAUCUUAAUUUACUGAAGAAAGAAAGCUCCCCAAGAGUCAUCCAGAAGAAAUAUGCCACUGGGAAGCCAGAUCAAAAGGACCUCAAUGAGAAUCUAGCCGCAGCCCAGGGGCUUGCCCACAUGAUCAUGGAAUGCAACAGACUUUUUGAGGUUCCACAUGAGAUGGUGGCCCAGUCUCGUAACUCCUACGCAGAGGCUGAAAUCCAUGCACCAACUCUGGAAGACUUGGGAGCACAACUGGCAGAGAGCGGGGCAACUUUCCACACAUACCUGGACCAUCUUGUCCAGGGCCUCCAGAAAGAAGCCAAGGAGAAAUUUAAAGGAUGGGUCACGUGUUCCAGCCCUGACAACACAGACCUUGCUUUCAAAAAGGUGGGGGAUGGGAACCCACUGAAGCUGUGGAAGGCUUCUGUGGAGGUAGAGGCACCACCCUCUGUGGUGUUGAAUCGUGUACUGAGAGAACGUCACCUAUGGGAUGAGGACUUUCUGCAAUGGAAAGUUGUGGAAACGUUGGACAGGCAAACAGAAGUUUACCAGUACGUGCUGAACAGCAUGGCUCCGCAUCCUUCCAGAGACUUCGUGGUUCUCAGGACCUGGAAGACGGAUUUACCCAAAGGAAUGUGCACCCUGGUGUCCCUCUCUGUGGAGCAUGAAGAAGCCCAGCUCAUGGGUGGCGUGCGGGCAGUGGUGAUGGAUUCUCAGUACUUGAUAGAACCAUGUGGAUCUGGCAAGUCGAGACUGACCCACAUCUGCAGGAUAGACCUGAAAGGUCACUCCCCAGAAUGGUACAGCAAAGGCUUUGGACAUCUCUGUGCAGCAGAAGUUGCCAGAAUCAGAAACUCUUUCCAGCCACUCAUUGCCGAGGGCCCAGAAACUAAAAUCUGAGUUUUCCCCAGUGUGACAUCAACUCAGGGAGCGGGAAGCAAAAACAGAUGCCUGUGGCAGUGGAGUGUGCAUAUGUAAAAGUGAGAGAGGGGAAGCACUGUUGGACUGGAUGACACUCACAGCAGAAACACUGAGAAGUGGAACGUGGAGAACUUUCCUAGCCUUCCUGGAGAUGGCUAAUCCCUACUAAUAUAAUAGCUUCAAAAAUCAGAACAUUUAUCUAUGUUACUUAAAAUUAAAUGGGUUAUUCCUUGUGCAUUGCCUAAUUUGCUAUUUAAAGGCUUCUAAGAAGCAUAUCCUCAGCUGUAAAUAAAUGUAUUGUAGCAUAUGUACAUAUAUGUGUAUAUCUCAAUCUUUACUGUACAUAUGUAAAAAUAUCAAUUUUAUAUAUAAUUGAGUGUCUGACUCCGUGAGUCUUUUCCUCACAUAGCUCUUCCCAAGUUGCUUUGUAUCCCAUGUCCCUACUGUCUUGUAGCUGAGCAGAGCCUGCUGCCUAAGCCAAAGUGUGAAAUGUGUAGUCUGCCAUUCUGCCCAAACGUUUACUCAAAGAUUAGCUAACCAAAGAAAAAUAGUGUUAAAAAAUUCUUCCACAUUUUGACCACUUAUUUCUGUUGUUUAAAAACUGGAGUGGGAUGUUUGAACUUAAAUUGAGGAAAAUAAUAUUUAAUCCUCUUUAACACAAAGAAGUAGGUGAGAGGUUAUUGUCAAAUUUAAGGCUAGAUAGUGAGUUGCCUCUGGGCCCACUCUAUGCAAUUUCAGUGAGAUGUCAGGUGACCACUGGAGUCUGUACCAGGGACUGAAACAGAACUGAUACCACCCACCCCCAUAUAGGGCUGAAUAGAGCCUGUUCCUAGUCACAACCAAAGGGAGCCUAUGCCCCCACAAGACUCAUAGAUACUUUUCAUAAUGCUGUUAAAUAUUCUUCUGUUUGACCAGUGGCCUAUGUGGCCAGUUAUUUGACAUGUUCUUACAGUGUAUUGCACUGAACUUGACUCUGGACACCAAACAAAGGGAGAUGAUGGUCCAUCAAGAGUCCUGGAUCAUCACAGCUUCAGGGAAUUUAUAUUGUGCUGUAUAUGAUGCUCUUAAAAUCUAAUUCAAUCAAAUCUUGCAAUCUAAAAGACAGGGUUUUAAACUAACAGAAGAUCAAACUGUAUUGUUACUUAUUUUUAGAGAUUAUAGCAGAUAUAUUAAUCCCAUAUUUCUUCAUUAUCCAGUGCAAACCACCUGCGCAUUUGACCCCACCUUAUUUAUUACUGUACAGAUUAAGCAAAUUGGCUUUACUAAACCAAUAGAGAAUGGAUUUAUUGUUUUAUUAUAACUCAACAACUGUAAAGAGAAGGUAACUCUUUAUCCUUGGCUUCAAGGAGAGAUUUUCUUUGGUUGUCUGGACAGAGAUUGAUAUCCUAAUUUAGCAAUUGGUACUGGAGGAAAAGGAAAAACAAAUUCAUGUUUUCGGGUUUUUGUAUUGUAUGAAUUUAUGCGAUGUUUUCUUUUAUCAUCUGUGUGCAAUUGUUUUAAGAGGAAUAAAAAUGCUAUUUGUACGUUUGGUAUGGCUCAAGGAUAA